CAAACUGACUGUAAUCCAACUCCACUAAUGCUGCACGCACGCACGAGUUAGGCUGAUGAAUGCUUUUGUCUUCAAGUUUUUUCCAUUGUGUCAGGAUGUGAUCACCGAUAAGGAAAAGUUUACUAACGUGACAAGUUAAUUCCUGAAGAAAUUUCUGAAUGAACCCAGAGAAGUUGUCCAGGUUCUAAACUUCAAACCAUCGGUAGCAAAAAGUCGGUCACUUUUCUGCAUUUUGCAAGCAAAAACUACAUUUGCUUGAGUCUUGGGCUCUGGACUCUGGUUGAUCAACUCCCUAACUUUUUUUUUCUCCCUUAAAACAGUGGUUGAUAUCAUGCAUGAAGAAAUAGUUUCACUCUUCCAACAAAAGAAUUUCACUCAUGGAAGAAUUGAUAGCGUCAAAGAUCCGAAAGGUGAAGACACAUCUACUCCCAACAACUAUACCACUACAUCUGUACAAGUACAUAGCACUAGUUGCAGACCUUGACACUUUGAGACUUGCACUAGUGCCACGGCCAGGCUCCCAGGCACAGAGAGAUAAAUUCACCAGCCUCGCCCGCGCCUCCUCACACACUUGCAAAGCAUUUCAACUACACCAAGAGGGAAAAAACGUGCCAAGAAAACCAUGGAGUUCGUCGCCAACGGCAAGGUCAUCCUCUUCCUCCUCUUCGUCUCCACAUCGGUGCUCAUCGUCUCCCCCGCCUCGCCGCCGCGCUUCCACUACAUCAACCCUCACAACUUCACCACGCCGGCGUCAUCGUCGUCGUCGGCGUCGGCGUCGGCCGUUCACCGUAGCCGCAACAACAACAACCCUUCGCUCUCCUUGGUGCACCGCGACGCGAUCUCCGGCGCCACGUACCCGUCGCGCCGGCACCAAGUCGUCGGCCUCGUCGCGCGCGACAAUGCCCGCGUCGAGCACCUGGAGAAGCGGCUGGUGGCCUCGACGUCGCCGUACCUCCCCGAGGACCUGGUGUCGGAGGUGGUGCCCGGCGUCGACGACGGCAGCGGCGAGUACUUCGUCCGCGUCGGCGUCGGCUCGCCGCCCACGGAUCAGUACCUCGUCGUGGACUCCGGCAGCGACGUCAUCUGGGUGCAGUGCCGCCCCUGCGAGCAGUGCUACGCGCAGACCGACCCGCUGUUCGACCCGGCCGCCUCGUCGUCCUUCUCCGGCGUGUCGUGCGGCUCCGCCAUCUGCCGGACGCUGUCGGGCACCGGGUGCGGCGGCGGCGGCGACGCGGGGAAGUGCGACUACUCGGUGACGUAUGGCGACGGGUCGUACACCAAGGGGGAGCUCGCGCUCGAGACGCUCACGUUAGGCGGCACGGCGGUGCAGGGCGUCGCCAUCGGCUGCGGCCACCGCAACAGCGGCCUCUUCGUCGGGGCGGCCGGGCUGCUCGGCCUCGGCUGGGGCGCCAUGUCGCUCGUUGGCCAGCUCGGCGGCGCGGCGGGCGGCGUGUUCAGCUACUGCCUGGCGAGCCGCGGCGCCGGCGGCGCCGGGUCGCUCGUCCUCGGCCGGACCGAGGCCGUCCCCGUGGGCGCCGUGUGGGUGCCGCUCGUGCGCAACAACCAGGCGUCGAGCUUCUACUACGUCGGGCUGACGGGGAUCGGCGUCGGCGGCGAGAGGCUGCCGCUGCAGGACAGCCUGUUCCAGCUCACCGAGGACGGCGCCGGCGGCGUGGUGAUGGACACCGGCACGGCCGUGACGCGCCUCCCGCGGGAGGCGUACGCCGCGCUGCGCGGCGCGUUCGACGGCGCCAUGGGCGCGCUCCCGCGCUCGCCGGCCGUGUCGCUGCUCGACACGUGCUACGACCUGAGCGGGUACGCGAGCGUGCGCGUGCCGACCGUGUCGUUCUACUUCGACCAGGGCGCCGUGCUGACGCUGCCGGCGAGGAACCUGCUGGUGGAGGUCGGCGGCGCCGUGUUCUGCCUGGCGUUCGCGCCGUCGUCGUCGGGGAUCUCCAUCCUGGGGAACAUACAGCAGGAAGGGAUCCAGAUCACCGUCGACUCAGCCAACGGAUACGUCGGCUUCGGACCCAAUACAUGCUAGAAGUAUAUAUAAGCAGUACACUACUCGUACUCGCUAUCAGGCUACCAAGUACCUAUACUUUACUACUCCACAUGUAGCACGUAUACCCCUCGAGUGGCACACACGUGCUUGCCAAGUAUGGGCACAUACGGAGUAUGACCGUACAUAUUAUGUAUAGAUAGAUACUACUCCCUCCGUUUCACAAUGUAAGUCAUUCUAGCAUUUCCCACAUUCAUAUUGAUAUUAAUAAAUCUAGACAUAUAUAUCUAUCUAGAUUCAUUAACAUUAAUAUGAAUAGGGAAAAUGCUAGAAUCACUUACAUUGUGAAACGGAGGAAGUAUUGUCCAGAGAAAGUGCAGCUAUUAGGCCUUUCCUGAAGUUCUGAACUUGUCAAAUGGCCAAGUACUGUAAUAUGUACUGCAACUGUGCAAUGCAUGCAAGUUGGAAGAAUGAUGAGUUAACCA